AAACACCCGAAUGACUAGUAUUUAAACGGCUCUGGAUAAACCGCCCUCUGUUCAUUCAAAUUCCUAUGCAAAUAUAAUCGGCUAUAUUUUUUGGCCCCCCUCUUUCUUUCUUUCUUUCUGCUCUGCUCUGCUCUGUUCUUCAAUCCAUUAAUCUGCCCAUCUCUGCAUUAUAUACGAUUGGAUUGAAGGAGGAUUUGCACCAUGGCCACCAACAUAGGGAUGAUGGACGCUGCUUACUUCGUUGGAAGGAACGAGCUUCUUACAUGGAUCAAUAGCACUUUGCAACUCUCUCUGAACAAAGUUGAAGAGGCUGCUUCUGGGGCUGUUCACUGUCAGCUAAUGGAUGCUGUACAUCCCGGCGUGGUUCCAAUGCAUAAGGUAAAUUUUGAUGCAAAGACAGAGUAUGACAUGAUCCAGAACUACAAGGUGCUUCAAGAUGUUUUCAACAAACUUAAGAUCAGCAAGUACAUUGAUGUGAAUAAGCUUGUUAAGGGACGCCCACUGGACAAUUUGGAGUUUAUGCAAUGGUUGAAGCGAUACUGUGACUCAGCAACUGGAGGAGUCAUCAGCAGUUACAAUGCCCUUGAACGAAGAGAUACUUGCAAAGGAGGGAAAGAAAUCAAUAAGAAAGCAGCUCCCACAAACCCUCCAAUGAAAGGUGCUUCAGCUGCGGCUAAAAAUGCCCCAGUUGCUAGUUCUAGGCGAAAUGAUCAUUCAGUAGCUGUUGUUCCCAGCACAGGAGGGACUAAACCUUCCAAAGCAGUGCCAGUUGCUCCCAGUACAGGAGGUGGGUCUGUUCCUUUCCAUAAUCCAUUGCCUGCAUCUGGCACUUUUGCGUCUUCAAAUGUUGCAUCUGUGGCUCCAUCACAGUUUCAGGUUCUAAAUGAGCAGAUCACAGAGUUGAAGCUCUCAGUUGACAGUUUGGAGAAGGAAAGAGAUUUCUACUUUGCAAAGCUAAGAGACAUUGAAAUACUCUGUCAAAAUCCAGAUGUGGAACAAUUUGCUGUUGUUGCAGCAAUACAGAGGAUUCUCUAUGCGGCUGAUGAUAGCCCAGCUGUAAUUGCUGAGGCACAGGCAUUGAUAUAUAAAUCACUUAAUGCUUCUGAUGAAAAUGAUGAGAACAAGGCAAGGCGAGAGAUCAACAAACGUAAACCUGCUCCAGAGCUCGAAGAUGCUGUGAAACCUAGUCUUUCCCCUAGGCAGCGAAGGGACUCAUAUGGAGGGUCCAAUAAUGCAGAUAUUCCGCAGACAACUUCACCUUUAAAGAUUCGUUAAAUAGACAAAAAUCAAAAUUUCUUUCAUCAUUGGUAUCAGGAGGUGUUCUUUAAGAAUUUGUAUUGAUCCAUACAGGGAGACCUCUUGUCUCACUGAAUGUAGCUGGGUUGCAAGGAUGGGCAAGGUUCUUUUCUGGGCAAACAUUGUGCUCAGUAAAUUAUCUAUUUGUAAUACUUCCAUUGCAGGCAAAAUGGUUGAGUGCAAUGUGGUAAUGAUGUUAAAGGUUAUAACAAGGGACCGGGGUGGAUUACGACAAUCUGCUUUGUAGAUGGUUAUUGAACUCAGAAUUUGAGUAUGACUAGUUUGAAAGUAAGAUUACUCUUGCAAAUGUUGCUUAUAGACAUCUAUACUGUACUUGUUACAAUUUGUUUUUUGAUUAAUAAAAUCAUUGCUGUUCUAUUUUAAA